ACCUUCUUCUCUUCGUGUGCCGGUCGAGUACUGUGGUCUCCAUUUUCAUUUACCUCAAACGAGAGAACGUGGGGAUUUAGCUCAAUUGGUACGUUGAAGGACGCUUUGGCGAGGCGUGGAAACGGUGAUACCAUGGACAAUCAUCUGUGAAAUGCCUGUAAAGUCUCCAUCAUGGAAGAUACACUUCAGGAACUAGAAUUCCUUGACUUCAGUGACCUACCAGAAAAUGAGGUUCAAAAUUUGAAAAGCUUUAUUAUUGGGCCGAUUCAACAAGAUGAGCAGAAAGAUGAUCUUUCAUCAGCCUCUGAACAGCACCCAUUUGAAGGAUGUGUGGGGUCUGGGAAUAUGGUUUCUUACAACCCUGGUAUGGAGUCGGCUGAACAUGUUCCAGUAGUUUUUUCAGCGCCAAACCCAGUCCACUCUAUGUACCAGCAGAAUGUUUGCAUCACCUCCAUACCCCCUUAUCAACCAAUAAUGAGUUAUCCCAUGCAAAUGUUGCCAGGUCAUCUUGUUGGUUCUACCCCAAACUACUAUGUUGGUAACAUUCACAAUCCUCCUGUUCCUCAUCCAGCGUCCUUUAGUCCGCCCCAUCGGCUUUUGAAUCCUCAGCUUCUGACGUACCCGAAAAGGAAAAAUGUUCGCGUGAAAUAUUCACCACGGAAAGAUGUUACAAAUGGACAUGUUGGUGAUGUCUAUUCUAAUAUGGUCUACCAACCGCCCGUAUCAUACAUGGGACCGUGUUUCACGGGCGAUGUUGUACAGGCUGUUACCGGGGUGCCGAUUGUCAUGCAUCAGUCCGUGCCGUCAUACGUACCACCUCACGGCGUCCAAGUCACAGCAGCUAAUUCUCCUCAGCCAUAUGCAGUGGUAAACUUUCCUCCAUCGGAAACUACCCUUUCGUUGGAUUUCUUCGUUCCGGCUGUUAACGAAGCAAAAGAAGAGGUUCUUGGCGUUAAUCCUACCCCAGUUCUUUCACCACCAGCGCCUGUUCCCCAGGUGGAGGCAGUCGAAGAAGUGAAAGUUUUAACGCCACCAGAGAUACCUGCAUCUCCAGUUGAAGCGAUUUCUCUUGCAGAAGAUAAACCGCUAAAUGCUGAUCCUUCCGAAGCUAAAUCGUGGGCUAGCUUGUUCAAGAAGGAUGCCCCAGUUCCUGUGAGCUCCGGGGAAAAGCCAACUGCACGAGUUGGGCCGUUCACGCCGUCUGGCGUAGUGACGCCGGAAGUGGCUAACGUUGUUUCUCGGCCAACGGUUGAUGUAAGAACUCGUCGCACUGCAGAGCAUCUAGCCAGCUACGAAUUGGUAAUGGCACCCGUGGCACUGCUCCCGAGAGGUCUCAUCAAUAAGAGCAAUUGGUGUUACAUAAAUGCAACCUUGCAAGCCCUUAUUGCCUGUGCGCCUUUCGUUCAUUUGGUGAAGUCGUUAGAGCGCUUCAGCGGAGGUAAACACGAAGAGUCCACUACACCAAUAAUGGAUAGCGUGAUCGACUUCGUUGAUCAGUUUGAAGUUAUUCCUGUCCGCACUGGCAAAGAACGGGCAUCUUCCAAAAAAGAGGAGCCACGGUUUGGGACAAGCUUUGAGCCUUGUUCUGUAUAUAAAAUGCUAUCAAAAAUCCGGAGUGAAACGUUUAAAGUGGAAGGUCGCCAGGAAGAUGCCGAAGAAUUUUUGAGCUGUCUCCUUAAUGGCUUGCACGAUGAGAUGAUUGAUGUUGUGAAAGCCUCCAGUCUUGCUGGAGGUAAACCUCCUGUUCAGGCUGGAGUGAAACAAGACGCAUUGGACGGGGAAGAUUGGCAGAUUAUUGGCCCAAAAAACCGAGGAUGUGUGACGCACACGACCACAUACAGCAAGACACCUAUAUCGAACUUGUUUCUUGGUCAGAUGCGCUCGGCACUUUAUUACGCAGGAGCACAGUCCACAGCAACUCUCCAACCAUUCUUCAGUUUGCAAUUAGACAUUCAGAAUGAAAAAGUUAAUUCUGUCCGGGACGCUUUAGCUUGUCUGGUAAGCAAAGAGCCAUUGACCGGUUAUGUCUGUCCAAAGACUGGGCAGGAGGUUGAAGCUUCACGACAAACAACUCUAGAGGAAUUACCCCCCAUCUUGAUCUUACACUUGAAAUGUUUUGUGUAUGACAAGUCGGGUGGUUGUCAAAAGUUAUUGAAACGUGUAGAUUUCUCAUCUGAUUUGGAGUUAAGCAAAGAUUUUUUGUCACCGAACCAGAAAAGUAAACUCAAGGAACGUCAACGACAGUAUAAACUUUUUGCAGUUGUGUACCACGAUGGGAAAGAAGCGACCAAAGGGCAUUAUGUUACAGAAGUGCAUCACAGUGGAACUGGGAGUUGGCUCCGUUUUGACGAUAGCAUCGUUCGUGUUGUGGAGACUCAGCCUUUCAAAUAUAAUUUACCGAGAAUGCCCUACUUGUUACUCUACCGGAAAGUGAACAUGUAAUUUUUUUCCAAUAUAAUAAGUUCGUGAAUUUAUUUCAGAGUAUAAUUGUUAGUAUAUGCCCAACUUUUCGCUAGAAUUAAUGUUUGGCGAAUUGUUUCAAGCAUAUUCCUUGUUUGCCGAGUGUCGAUUUAUUUUUAACUGUCGAAAGUGCCCUUAGUGGUCUUAAAGUUUAAUGCUUUGAUUUGACGUUGGUUAUUGUGGUAUUUUUUGCGCGGAAAGUUGGACUGAGUGUGAUAUAAAAAGAUCGAAUGAUUGUAGUCAGCAGAUUUUUAUGUGUUUCAAAUGGAAUCGGUACGUUUUCGCAUUUGCACUGUUUAGAAACCACCAUAUGUCUGUUUCUUGUACAAAAAUAUAAUAAACAUACCUGAAGGUAAA